AUGUCCGAUGUGCAGACGACUGUGACUGAGCCGGCUGGCCCGCUCAAGCUGGACGAGGAGGCUCUGAGGGUGUUGGAAGCGCAUAGCAGUGUAGACUCGGUUGGGGAGGGAACUAAGGAGAAUGGGGAGGGCAAAGAAGAGGAGGCUUUGGAGAGCCAUGAGGUCAUUGAGCUACAGGCGUUCAGCGAGCGCAAGGACUGGAUCGUCGACAAAAUAAAGCUCCUGGAGAGCAUGCCCCCUCUGGACCUAUUCGUCGGUCUCGACGCCGUCCGCGAGUCUGCGCUCGAAGUACCUGGUCUGCCUACACGCGAAGAGCUCAAGCAGUGGCUGGUGGAACACGACAAGAUCGAGAAGGAGACGGAGAUAUUCGACUCGGGCGAGCUUACAAAGUUCAAGAAGAUCACCAAGGCCGCGGCAAAGCGUAACUUGUCUCCUCAGGACACGGACCUCAUCGAGAUUACGCUCACGACCAUCUUCGAAUUCGACAAGCUCCUACAUCUCCUGCGUGAUCGUUCCGAACAGCUCGACCUCCUAGGCGUGCGUCUGACUUGGGAGGAGCACCGUAUUGGUGCAUGGUCCGACCGCGCACGCAUCCUAGACGACCUCGAAGCCUUCUUGACGACCCGAGCGAAAUGGUCCCCUUCAGUCUACGAGUCCGUUCCUCCAGCAUCAGACCCAUCAUCUCCUUCCCGCCGCGGUUCCAUCACGUCUCUCAAGUCCAACUCUUCAUCAAACUUAGCUUCCUCGGGGUUCAGCCGUGCUGCAAGAUAUACACUUGCUGAGAACCUGUCCAGAGAGGCUGCCGGUUUCUCCAGUCGAAUCACGUCGUUGCGCCACAGUCGGAUCGCCGGUGCUGGGAAGGCGCUGGACAAGCUCAUUGAUAACAGUCGGAAGCCCGUGCCAGAGGUGCUUCUCGAUGAACAGGAUAAGCUGGAGGAGCGCGGUAUAGCGGAGAUGGAGAAUGUUGGCAAGUUCGUGAUGGACGUGGUCACGCAGUGGCGAAAAGCGGACGAGUUCUACGUCGAGACGCUCAAGGAUCAGGCCGCUGCCCAGCAACUGCUCGACGAGAUUGACGCCGCGAAAGUCGGACAUCCCGCCCAGCGCUUAGACGCCACAUUUACGUCCAAAGCCGGCGCCAUCUCCAAACGGUUGCACGCCCGGGACAUCACGUCCUCCCCCGUCUCCCUCUUUCCCCGCCCGCGGCAUGCUCUCUUCCCGAAGCAAACGGAGACGAAUAAGGCCGUGACAGACGUGCUGGACACUGAACUUGCUGUUGGACGCGACGUUGCGAAGAAGGCCGAGGAUGCUGCUGCGGAGUAUCACCGGGCUUUCGAGGCCGUGAAACUCGUUGAGGCCAUCACGACUUCAGCAACGUCACUUGCCGCGCGAUGCGAUGCGAUCCUGUCACGUCUCGCCGGCGGCGUCGAGAACGUAGGAGACGGCGACGGGUCACCGGUUAAUCUCGACUCCAUAGCGUGCCUCCAACCUACGGCCCAUUCAGCUUAUCUCGCUUUGCUACCAUCUCUCCUCCGUGACCUGGAUGAAGCAGAGUCCGCCGUGCGCGAGCUCCUCCCCAAAGGACGAGCGGCCAUGCUCGGCUUGAACGACAUCGCCGUAGACCUCGACUUCAAGGCCGAAGCCGUUGCCUCUCUCGAUCGUCUUUCCGCCGUUGUCUCCGCAGCACGCUCAGCUCGUGACAACGCUGAAAGCGGCGUUCAGUCUUUACGCGAAGUGCGUAAGAUCUGGGCGGCAGCUGAAGGUGUAUUGCAAGACCUCUCAAGCUUGAAAUCCGAUGCAGAAGAAGCUGUGGACCGUGGACGAUGGAGACCUCAACCGAACGUACUUGCCACACCCGAGAGCAUUGUGUCACCUCUACCCUCUAUCGUCCCAGCCGACCAGCUCUUGUCCCUCUUAGCAACACUCCGCACACGUCUCGCCGAAACCGUUCAAACCCCCAUCCACUCCCUCUCAUUACCCGUCACGCCAACGCUGAACGACUACCUCACCCAUCGCGCAACAUGUCUCUCCGAAGCCCUCGAUCAGAUCGAGCGUACGGCGGGCGCGGCAGCGUCUGUCGAGAAGCAGGCAUCGGCGUUACGAACUUUAUACGAGGACGCGAAUGUUGUUCAAGAGCACAUCGGCGUAUUGAGGGAGAGGUACAGGGAGCACUGCGACGAUACGCUCUCCGGCGCGAUGUAUAACCCGAGCGAGUGGGACGUCACAGACGAGCAGCUCUCCGAAGAGCUUUCCGCAUGCGAAGCGGCCGUUCACAGGCUCGUAGAGAGUGUACCAUCGCGCGUCCCGUUCGUCGCGGGUAGUCCUUCGCCAGCUACAUCACCGAGGAGAAGAAGGCAGACGAGUACGGGCGAUAUCACGCUUGACUCGCUUCCGUCAUUGUUACCGCUCGAGAUGCCGGUCAACCUUACACAUGUGGACGACGAUGCGCGCGCAGGGUGCAAUACGCUCACGGCGAGGUUGCAUGGGGACAUCGACGCUGUGAAGCGCUCAGCGGUUCAUUCGCAGCUCGCGAGACGCGCGAGGGAUCUGGACGAGAGUCUCGGGCCUAUCCGAUCCUUGUUGCUCGAUGCACAAGACGCCUCGAAGGAUCUGCAAAGUCGACUCGAUGCAGUGGAGUUCUUGCCUGAAUCUGGGCCGGCGUUCGGCGAGGUCGCGGAGAGAGCUGCGCGGACGCAGAAGGAAUGGGCUCCUUCUAUCUCGCAGACGCUCGAGCUUGUACAGCAUAACCUCUCAUCGCUCAUUGUGUUGAGGGAGAGAGAUGAGGAUCCGUCCAGCUAUAACAUCGUCGAUGCAAGAUCGAGAGUGGUGGAGGAAAUGCAGGCCGAGUUCGACGCGUGGGUUAAGCGCACGAGCGAGGUGCAUGAGAGGGCUAUUGCUGAGCAAGGCAAAGCCGAGGAGGCAUUGAGGAGAAAGAGGGAGGAGGAGGAAGCUGAGCGGGUCAGGGUUGAGGAGGAGAGGCGGAGAUUGGAGGCGGAGGAACGUGCGAGGGUGGAGGCGGAGGAGGCGAAGCGGCUGGAAGAGGAGAGGUUGGCGGAGGAGGAACGUGUGAGGAGAGAGAGGGAAGAGAAGGAGCGGUUGGAGAGGGAGGAAGCGGAGAGGCUGGCGCGUGAGGCGGAGGAGAGGAGGCGGAAGGCGGAGGAGGAGGAGAGGAGACGUCUCGAGGACGAGCAGGCGCGAUUGGCGUCUGAGAGGCGGCAACGCGAAGAGGAGGAGCGAUUGCAACGUGAGGAGGACGAGCGUCUGGCGCGCGAGGCGCGAGAACUGGCGGAGAAGGAGGAGGCGGAAAGGCGAGAGAGGGAGCUUCGCGAGCAGCAAGAACGAGAAACAGCGGAGAAGAGGCGACGAGAGGAAGAGAUGGAACGGAGGUUGCAGGAGGAGGUUGGGAAGCGGAUGAAGGCGGCCGAGGAGAAACGUCAAGGCGAGGAGGCCGAGCGCAGACGGCGACGAUCAGAGGAGAUCCAACGGACUGCAUCUCUGAACGAGGCUGAUGAAGAUGCAUUGCGCGAAGCUGAGGAGAUCUUUGGAUCGCCCAGUCGCUCUGCACCUCCGUCCGAAGAGAUGAUCUCGCUAUCCCGUCUCAUCCAUGGACUGCGCGAGCGAUUGAAGGAGCUCGGUAUCAACUCCUUGGUCCGGCCGCACAAGUCGUCAAGGCAUUCUUCAUUGCCGUCGAAGGGCCGUACUGCUCUGGUGGCAGCACAAUUCGCCGAGCUAUCCGCUGAAGUUGCCGCUCUUCCCGCAUCUGCCGACCAUGUAUCCGUAGAAGCGGAGUUGCGAUCCCUACGCGGCGACAUCCUCGCUACAGAGGGUCUCCUCCAACGCCUUGUCAACCUCGCCGAACUCGGCCGCUCAAUACAGGAGUGUGACUCUGCUCUGAGUGAUCUGCUCGAACAUGUCGAUAGCUUCCCUGGUCUCCCAAUGGGCCCGUUGUCCUCGAGCCAUACGUCGUCUAUGAUGCUCACUCCCGAAGAGCAACUAUCAGCGCGAAUGGCGUUUACGGGUUCGCUCGUGGAUGAGAUGGACGACCACUUCGCCAAGGUCGCCGACGAUUUCCGUGCUGCUGCAGAACAGUCAAGGAUAUCGCAAACGUGGUUGGAGCUUGAGGCCAUGGCCACCGAUCGAGUGCAAGGUCGGAAGUCUAGACCGCCCAGCACUGUAAGCUCUGGUAGGAGCAGUCGAGCAUCUAUUGAUAGCUAUCGCCCUGCAAUCAAGAAGAAGACCAGUCACUAUUCGACGCUUUCCGUGGGCGGCUCAUCCCGUGCUUCUGGACAGUUCUUGACACCUGGACCCGCGCAUCCUUCGGCUUCAAGGAGAUCUGUAUCCAACAGGGAAAGCACGCAAAGUCGGUCGGCCAGCCGCGUCUCCACACUUUCGUCCAGAUCUACUUCUGGACCAAUGCAUCCGCCUUCGCCAUCCACGAACCUGUUCAGUUCGACCUAUGCCUCAAGACAACGUACGACAAGUGUUUCCUCGAACGCUGGAACGCCAUCCAAGCCGCCAUCAAGACCUCGGGCGCAGACCGGCCAACGAGGACGAAGUGUCGUGUCCCCUACGCCUUCUGAUGCCUCUUCCGGCUCACGCUCCUUCAACCCUCUUUCGCGCUCGACAAACUCCUCACGGCCGGGUUCAACAUUCGGCCGUGCCCCUCGCUUGUCUUUCUCGAAUACACCACGCUCCCCGCCUCCUGCCAAGGCACCGCGUCCACGCAAGGCAUACGUAGCCAAUCCGAAGAACAAGCUCGACGUUGCCGUCGGCGAAGUCGUCAAUAAUCUGCCCGUCCAUGUCGAUAUUGACAUCGAAGUCGCCGAAGGAUCCGACUGGCAAGACCAGAGCGGAAAGUACUGGAUCGGUACUGAAGACCCGAAGCUAUGCUUCUGCCGUAUCUUGAGAUCGCAGACUGUCAUGGUGAGGGUAGGUGGAGGGUGGCAAGAGUUAUCAAAGUUCAUCCAGAAUCAUUUCGCCGACAGCUUCCGCUUGCUUCCCGAACAAACAGCACAUAUAGGCUCGCGAGAGGAGAAGUGGAUAUCUUCGACUACCCUACUUGAGGCGCAGGAGCCUAAUCUGACUCCACCGCGUGCACCCAAGACGCCCGAGCCGAACGGCGUGCCGUCUUUCGUAUUCCAAACACCUGGAGCGAAGAGUCCGCAUUCUCUCAAGAGCUCGCCGUCACCUGGGUCGCCGCUUACGCCCUUACAAUUCAUGCGUCGUGCGGACCAUGAAGGUGCACGACCCGGUACACCAUCGAAAGCGCCAGUCGUGCGUCAACGGCUACAUUCGACACUGGGCACCCCACGACCCGCUCAAGCUCCCGUAUGGAAGCCAUGA